AUGAGUAAUAUCUAUAUACAAGAACCAGCGACUCGUGGGAAGGUUGUUCUCGAUACAACUGUUGGUGACAUUGAAAUUGAACUCUUCUCGAAAGAAUGUCCCUUAGCAUGUCGAAAUUUUGUACAAUUAUGUAUGGAUGGCUAUUAUGAUAAUACCAUUUUUCAUCGCGUUGUGCCAAACUUUAUUGCUCAAGGCGGUGACCCAACCGGCACAGGUGAAGUACACGAACCGGCAUCCGGUGAAUUCUUUGCUGAUGAAUUUCACACACGAUUACGUUUUAAUCGGCGUGGUCUACUUGGUAUGGUCAAUCAAGGACCGAACACGAAUGGUAGUCAAUUCUUUUUUACAUUGGGUCCUGCAGCUGAAUUGGAUAAGAAGAAUACAUUGUUCGGAAAAGUCGUCGGUAAUACUUUAUUCAAUAUGCUAAAACUAGGUGAAGGUGAAAUUAUCGAAGAAGUGCCUGUGUAUAAACACAAAAUUAUCAAAGCAGAGAUUAUCUCAAAUCCGUUCGAUAAUAUGGUAGCACGUUCUCGAUCGAAACCACAAGUCGUCGAUAAUGAAGAAGAGAAUAAAAAAUCCAAAUCAGUUGUAUCUGCUAAAGCCGUCAAAAACUAUGGUUUGUUAUCAUUUGGAAAUGAAGCCGAAGAAGAUGAAGAAGAAGUUACGAAAGUUUCCAUGCAAUUUAAACAGAAAGGAUCGGGGAAAAAUCAGGAUGACGAUGAAAGUGAUGAAGAGUUACCGAUUGAGAAACAAAUCGCUAAAUCAAAAGCGAAGACUGAUGAUGAUUAUGAUAAAGAGGAACUUAAUCGAGUACGGCAAAAGCUCAGUGGAAAAAAAUUAGCAGUGCAAGAAAAGAAAAAAGCAGUUGCACUUGAUGUGGAUGAUGAUGAAGAAGAUGAUCCAUCAAUGAAUUCUAAAUCAAAAUCAGAAGAAGCCGUAAAAUUAGAAAUCGAACGAGUGAGAAAAGAGUUGAAACAAAUGAAAAAAGCAUCGACAAUAGACAAAGCAUCGGCAGCGACUAAUCGACAGGAAAAAGAACCUACUCCACCACCUCUUCAACCGGCUACUGCCGAUACUUCUGUACUACUAGAUGAACUAAUGGCUGGUACUAGACGAAAUGCCAAAACGAAUCAAAAUCGCCAAUCGAACUCCAGAGAAUCCCAAACACUUGAUCUCUUGGCAAAAUUUCGAGCGAAACUGCAUGCCGCUAAGGACGAACCGACGAAUGAAUCAGUAACGGAAACUGUCGUAGAACAAACAGCUGACAAUGUGGACGAUCAAUUUUUGAAACAUCGUUUCGUUUCCGAAGAACUUCUUGAUAAUGUUCAAGAUAUUUACACGAAUGCGGACUUAUUAACUGUGUAUGAUCCAAGAAAUCCCAUGACAAAACGACGACGUGACGAAAGUAGCGCACUACUUCAUCAGAAGAAACAUAAAGGACGUACCUAG